AUGUCCAGUGGGGGUAGGUUUAAUUUUGACGAUGGAGGGUCCUACUGUGGAGGCUGGGAGGACGGCAAGGCGCACGGCCAUGGCGUCUGCACCGGCCCCAAGGGCCAGGGCGAAUACACCGGCUCGUGGAGCCACGGCUUCGAGGUGCUGGGCGUCUACACCUGGCCCAGCGGCAACACGUACCAGGGCACUUGGGCGCAGGGCAAGCGCCACGGCAUCGGCCUGGAGAGCAAGGGGAAGUGGGUGUACAAGGGCGAGUGGACGCACGGAUUUAAGGGGCGCUACGGGGUGCGGGAGUGCACGGGCAACGGGGCCAAGUACGAAGGGACCUGGAGCAACGGGCUGCAGGACGGCUACGGCACUGAGACCUACUCCGAUGGAGGGACCUACCAGGGCCAGUGGGUCGGUGGCAUGCGCCAAGGCUAUGGUGUGCGGCAGAGUGUCCCCUACGGCAUGGCGGCGGUCAUCCGCUCGCCCCUGAGGACAUCCAUCAACUCUCUGCGCAGUGAGCACACCAAUGGCGCGGCCCUGCACCCAGACGCCUCCCCAGCCGUGGCCGGCUCACCAGCUGUGUCCCGAGGGGGCUUCGUGCUCGUGGCCCACAGCGACUCCGAGAUCCUCAAGAGCAAGAAGAAGGGGCUGUUCCGGCGCUCGCUGCUGAGCGGCCUGAAGCUGCGCAAGUCGGAGUCCAAGAGCAGCCUGGCCAGCCAGCGCAGCAAGCAGAGCUCCUUCCGCAGCGAGGCUGGCAUGAGCACGGUCAGCUCCACGGCCAGCGACAUCCACUCCACCAUCAGCCUGGGCGAGGGCGAGGCCGAGCUGUCGGUCAUCGAGGACGACAUCGACGCCACCACCACCGAGACCUACGUGGGCGAGUGGAAGAACGACAAGCGUGCGGGCUUCGGCGUGAGCCAGCGCUCCGACGGGCUCAAGUACGAGGGCGAGUGGGCCAGCAACCGGCGGCACGGCUACGGCUGCAUGACCUUCCCCGACGGCACCAAGGAGGAGGGCAAGUACAAGCAGAACAUCCUCGUGAGCGGCAAGCGCAAGAACCUCAUCCCGCUGCGCGCCAGCAAGAUCCGCGAGAAGGUGGAUCGCGCUGUGGAAGCGGCCGAGCGGGCUGCCACCAUUGCCAAGCAGAAGGCGGAGAUUGCAGCCUCCAGGACCUCCCACUCCCGGGCCAAGGCUGAGGCAGCUCUCACUGCGGCUCAGAAAGCCCAGGAGGAAGCACGGAUUGCCAGGAUCACUGCCAAAGAGUUCUCACCUUCCUUCCAGCACAGGGAAAACGGGCUCGAGUACCAGCGGCCAAAGCGUCAGGCUUCCAGUGACGACAUGGAGGUGAUCUCCAUCGGGACGCCCAUGCAACAGGAGAGCCCGGAGCUGUACCGAAAGGGCACCACCCCCUCGGACCUGACGCCGGAUGACAGCCCCCUGCAGAGCUUCCCUGCCAGCCCCUCGGCCACCCCACCACCAGCCCCUGCCUCCAGGAACAAGGUCGCCCACUUCUCGCGACAGGUGUCGGUAGACGAGGAGCGUGGCGGGGACAUCCAGAUGCUCCUGGAGGGCAGAGGAGGGGACUAUAGCCGCCACUGCUGGGGCGAGGAGAAGGCAGGGGGGUCCAGGGGGGUACGUAGCGGCACCCUCCGCAGUGGCCAGCCCGCGGAGGACUUCCGCACCCGGGGCUCGGGCCACAAGCAGCCCGGCAACCCCAAGCCCCGGGAGCGGCGGACGGAGUCGCCCCCUGCGUUCUCCUGGACUUCCCACCCUCGGGCCAGCAACCCCAGCUCGGGGGGCGCCAAGCUGCUGGAGCUGGAUGAGGAAAAGCUGAGCAACUAUGAGAUGGAAAUGAAGCCCCUGCUGAGGGUGGACUCCCACGUGCAGGAGGCACACCCCCAGAAGAGACGCUACAGCAGGGGGGCUCCCUGCCGGGGCCUGGGCGAGGACCGGGGCUUUGGGGCUCAGAGACUGAGAUCCAAGUCCCAGAACAAAGAGAAUGUCCGGCCGGCUGCGAGCGCGGAGCCCGCGGUGCAGAGACUGGAGAGCCUGCGGCUGGGUGACCGGGCUGAGCCCCGGCUGCUGCGCUGGGACCUGACCUUCUCCCCACCCCAGAAGUCCUCGCCUGUGGCACGGGAAUCAGACGAGGAGAACCCAGAUGAGCUCAAGUCCAGCACGGGCUCCGCGCCCAUCCUGGUAGCCAUGGUGAUCUUGCUAAACAUCGGAGUCGCCAUUUUGUUUAUUAACUUUUUCAUCUGAUGAGACUGUCACAUUAGCAAAAAUACCAGUUGGUGUAUAAAAGGGGAACGUUAAAAGCAAAACAACAGAAAGGAAAGGAUCAUAACUCGGACAGCUCACAGCUACUUCCGAGUUUCUUCACAGGACAACACGAUUGGGUAUUACUCACAGUUUGCCUUUUUUUCUGGGUAAUGUUUUUUGGAUUUUAGCCAAAAUUCUUUGCUUGUAUAACACUAUGCUGUGUGGCAUGGCAGAAGGAGGCCAGCACGCCGACCCUCCAGCUUGAAGUGGAGAGAAAAGGGAUCCCGGCAAAUCAGCGGCAAAAAAAAAAAAAUCAUCACUGUCGUCAUUGUCAUCACACUCCCACCUGGGAUGGAAAAGGAGGCAGCCGAGGAAGACCCCUCUGAAUGUCCUGCAGUGCCCGGCGGGGGGGAAGCAGCUGCUGUGAGGUGUGACGUGGGAAGCCAGUUAACUCUGCUUCUCCUCUCUGUUCUGGAAUAGCGGUGACAAGUACGGGCGCGAGGCAUGGGGAAGACAGUGUCCCAUCCUGGCUGGCAGCAGCCUGGGCCUUUUUCUAUUUUAAAUCUGCUGCAUAGUUAAGGAAGCAGAGGUCUGUCUUCUCUUCUCUUCCCCAUGAAACAGGUCAUAGCCCUGCCCUUGUCUCGGCACUGCCCCACGGCUUUCCUCGCAAGGCCAGAUGCCCACACCAAGUCUUACAGCGAGUCCUCAUUUCCCUCGCUGUCCUCCCCACUUCACCAUCCUCCCACCAGACCCCAGGGGAGCCGCGCUGCGGAAGCCCAGGACUGGUGCUGGAGGACAGGGAGCAGUGUGGGCCCCUGGGCUCUCAGCAGGUGGCAUUCUUGCACUUACUGUGCAGGACAGGUAUCCAAGCUCUCAUGUCCCUGUCAGACGUCUGUGGCCCUUACAUGACAUCACCUCUCACUCACUGAGCC